GGCGAGGAGAACCAGGAGCCAGCGAUGAGCCGAUCUGUGGCCCCCGUGCUCUCAGACCCUCCCACAGAUAAGAAACCCCCAACGGGACCCAACAGUGUCCGCCACGCCUCGUCUCUGGAGAGGAACGCACCCCGACCCGUGGAGAAGAUGGUGGUUGUGUCUCCUCCUGUUGCUCCCAGCGUCAGAGAGGAGGAGAUGGUUCCUGUGAGCUCGACCCCUCAGAGGAAGGAGGAUCCAGAAGAAGAUGAAGCUCCUCCCACUGCCGGCAUGAGGUCUCGUCUGCAGAGGCUCGCAGCGCAGAGGAAGUACUGGGAUGGAGACGACUCCUCUGAAGCGGCUCCAGACCCCCCGUCUCCUCCGAAGAGACACCCUGAGGCCCCCCCAGCAGCUGCAGCACCCCCCACCCCGUCCUCAGGACCUCCUGCUGGGAGGAGAGGGCGUCUCGCUAACCUCGCCGCCACCAUCGGGUCCUGGGAGGACGACCUGAGCCACGCUGCGUUCCCCACGGAGAAGCCUCAGGAGAAGCAGAGCUCUGCCGUCCCCAUGUCAGCAGGCAGAGGAGCUAACGUGGCUAUCGGAGCUAAGCCAAGUCCUGCAGGCAGCAAGUCUACACCCAGCGCUCAGGUACUUCAUGCUUUGGUAUAA